AUGAGUGAGAUCGAGGUCGAUAAGAAGCGUGCCGGGGAGCAAGACUCCCAAGACAGAAAUGUGAAACCGCGGUUGGAGAAAGGUGUUGCUCCAAUCAAGGCCGAAUACCUUGUUGUUGGAGGUGUGACGGCAGACUACAACGACGAUGAAGCAGAGUCUUCAAAGCACACUUCUGGUGAAAAAGAAAGCAAGAAGGACAAGAAAAGAGGCCAGAACAAGAAGAGAGAUCUUCGUCAAGCCCACGACGAGGUCAAGCUUUGUUCUUCCAUUAUUGAUCCAAAUAACAAGAAAGAAUGUUCUUUUGGAGUUGAUAAAUGUCGUUAUUCGCAUGAUGUCCAGGCGUAUCUUGACUCCAAGCCUGCGGAUAUUGACGGAGUCUGUCCUGUGUAUGAGGCCAUUGGAUAUUGUCCUGCGGGACUGAAAUGUCGGUGGCUUGGAUCGCAUUACAGCAAGGAGUCCGGACUGCUACUCGAGAAAGAAAAUGUCGAGAAGAAAGAUCACUACGGUGAAGUCAACUGGAUCUCGCCUGCUACCAAGAGUCAGCUUCAGAAGAAGAAGUUUCCAAUGCCAGUUUCUGACGAGGUUGUCAAGUUCUUGGAUAGUGUGGUUAUUGUUAAUGACGAAAAGAAUAGCAUGACGAAAGAAGAGCGGGAGCUGCAACAGGACGACCCUGCUAAGUUGAAUGCUGCUACAUACACCGAAGCUCGUUUCCAAACCGCAGAGAAGAAGAAGCUAAACCUCAAGAACGCCAAGAUCGUCUCUCCGUUGACCACCGUGGGAAACCUGCCGUACCGUAGGUUGAUGCGCAGUUUGGGAGCUGAUGUCACAUACUCCGAGAUGGCUCUUGCUUUGCCGCUCAUUCAAGGGUCCAACUCGGAAUGGGCCCUUCCAAGAGCUCACGAAAGCGAGUAUCCUGGAUUUGGUGUCCAGAUCGCUUCUGCAAAGCACUGGCAGGCAUGCAAAGCCGCCGAGGCAAUCCAGACUCUCACCAAUCACGUUUCUGAGCUGAACCUCAACUGCGGAUGUCCUAUCGACAUGCUCUACCGUAAAGGAGAGGGAUCGGCACUCAUGGAGAGUCCGUCCAGGCUGCUGCGUAUCUUGAAAGGUAUGAACUACUCCUCAGGAGAAAUUCCGGUCACUGUCAAGAUUCGGAUGGGUGUGAAGGAUGACAAGCCUGUGGCCGAGAAUUUGGUCAGACGUGUCUUGAACGAGACAGAUACUGCUGCUAUUACUCUGCAUGGACGUUCGAGACAACAGAGAUACACUCGUGCAGCUGACUGGGAGUACAUCAGUAAAGUGGGGGCAAUUGUGAAAGAUUAUAACGAACAGCAACAAGAGAAUAAAGACGAGACGGACAAACAGCCUGUAUACUUUGUCGGAAACGGAGACUGCUACACGCACGAAGAUUGGUACAAGGCUACCAAUGACGAGGGAAUUGACUCGGUGAUGGUUGCACGUGGAGCUCUUAUCAAGCCAUGGAUUUUUGAAGAAGUGGAAGCACAGCAAUAUUUGGACAAAUCGUCCAGUGAACGGUUGGGAUACUUGGAGAAGUACGCCAAGUUUGCUCUCCAACACUGGGGAAGCGACGAGUAUGGUGUCAACAGUGCCAGACGUUACCUUUGCGAGUUCAUCUCGUUCACUCAUCGUUACAUUCCAGUUGGAAUUCUGGAGCGUCUUCCACCAAAGCUCAAUGAGAGACCACCUCCUUGGAAGGGUAGAAACGACUUGGAGACUCUUUUGGGAUCGCCGGACUACAAGGACUGGAUCAAGAUUACAGAGAUGUUCCUUGGCAAAGCCGGUGACGGAUUCAGUUUCAUUCCUAAACAUAAGAGCAACUCAGUCUUCGUCAACGGUGUCGAGAUCCUGGAUUUUGCUGGUCUUCUCGUGUUCUCUAAGCUUUUCCUUGAUUGCGAGCAACUCAAACACCAAGGAGAAAGUUUUGUUGACGAUCAAUGUGAGGAACAGGGUGAAUCCACACAAAUAAGCGUUUCUUUGCGCAUAGAAUCUUCUGGCCUGAAUCUCAGACCGAGACUCGUGAAUUCCAAUCGCACCAGUCACAGGGUUAUCCUGGUGAGCAUGGAGCUCAUUGGUGAUCUUGUUCAUUCUGUUGAAGGAGUCGAUGAACAGCACAAGAAUGAAACCAAGAAUACACUUUAG